AUGCCUUCUUCUACACAAUCUCCCACGAACAAUACAACCACAACCACCACAUCUCCACCUUCUACUACGCCCUCCGACCCGAGCACCACCACUCCCACCAGCCUCGCCAAAACCUCUCCCAAACCUUUCCGCCUCCUCGACCUCCCUUUCGAGCUCGUUUCUCAAAUCCUGGAACAUUCCAUCGAAGGAGUUAGUAGUGAGACUGAACCGAUUGAAAUUGCUUUUUCUUCUUCGUCUUCGUCUUCUUCGUGUGUUACUACUACAAAUACAACGCCUAUUAUCGAAGAAGGAAAAGGAGAAAAGACAACGAGGGAAGAAAAAGAAUCACAAUCCAUCAUUCUUGGCGUUGGCAAUGAUAUUAUCGAAAUGAAAUAUCCCCCCCACCACCACCACAACACCAACAACACUAAAGAAGAACCUCCUCAUCCCCAUCCAGGUAUUUUCCAAACCUGUCGAAUUCUCCGCUACGAAGCUCUCCACAUCCACCUCCGAAAAUCCUUCUUCACAUUCCCCUGCGCAGGGCCAGGAAUUCGAGGGAUUCGACUCGAUGAAGCAGCAGCAGCGGAAAAAAGGGGUUUGGUGGAUGAAGUGUAUUUGAAAAUGCGAGAGGAGUUACUUGUUGGGAGGAAUGGAAUGUUGAGCAAAGUGUCUUGUGCGGUGGAUUUGAAGAAGGAUGUGAUUUGGUGA